CAAGUCCGAACGGCCAGAAAGCAGCCGGGUCCCGAAGGCGCGGAGCCGAGAGAGCCGGGCCCCAGAGCCGAGCCGGGAGAGCGGAGCGCGGCGGAACCGGCCCGGAGCCGAGCGGCUCAGGCACCUGCUUGCCCGCCCAACCGAUCGGCGCCCGCAGAGUGGCCCGCGGGCCCCCGCCCGGGCCCAGCCCCUCCCCGGGCCCCCCAUGGCCCGGGCCGCAGCCCUCCCGCCGUCCAGAUCGCCGCCGACGCUGCCGCUGCUGCCGCUGCUGCUGCUGCUGCUCCGGGAAACCGGAGCCCAGGAGGUGCAGGUGCGCGUGCUGCCCGAGGUGCGGGGCCGCCUGGGGGACACCGUGGAGCUGCCGUGCCACCUGCUGCCCCCUGCGCCUGAGGUCCAGGUCUCCCAGGUGACGUGGAUGCGCGUGGACGCGACCGGGAGCACCUUGAACGUGGCCGUUUUCCACCCUUCGUAUGGGCCCAGCUUCCCCAGCCCCAAGCCUGGCAAGGAGCGGCUGUCCUUCGUCACCGCCAGGCAGAGCGCGGGGACCGGGCAGGGCACGAAGACGGAGCUGCAGGACGCCACGCUGGCCCUCGGGGGGCUGACCGUGGAGGAUGAGGGCAACUACACGUGCGAGUUUGCCACCUUCCCCCAGGGCACCGGCCGGGGCGUGACCUGGCUCAGAGCCAUAGCCCAGCCCCAGAACCACGCUGAGACACAGGAGGUCUCGCUCAGCCUGGAGCCUGUGCCCGUGGCCCGCUGUGUCUCCACAGGGGGCAGGCCACCCGCCCGCAUCUCCUGGCUUUCGCCCCUGGAUGGGGAGGCCAGAGAGAGCCAGGUGGCAGGGUCUGUGCCCGGCACAGUCACCGUCACCAGCCGCUUCACCUUGGUGCCCUUGGGUCAAGCCGACGGUGUCAAGGUCACCUGCAAAGUGGAGCACGAGAGCUUCGAGGAGCCCGUCCUGCUGCCUGUGAUCCUCUCUGUGCGCUACCCCCCCGAGGUCUCCAUCUCCGGCUAUGAUGACAACUGGUACCUUGGCCGUAGUGAGGCCACCCUGAACUGUGACGUCCGCAGCAACCCGGAGCCCACAGGCUAUGGCUGGAGCACAACUUCUGGCAUCUUGCCAGCCUCAGCCAUAGAACGGGGCCACCAGCUGAUCAUCCACUCAGUGGACAGGCUUGUCAACACCACCUUCAUCUGCACAGUCACCAACGCCGUAGGCACAGGCCACGCCGAGCAGGUGGUCCUCGUUCGAGAGAGCCCCAACACAGCAGGCGCAGGGGCCACGGGCGGCAUCAUUGGGGGCAUCAUCGCUGCCAUCAUUGCUAUCGCUGUGGCCGCCACGGGCAUCAUCAUCUGCCGGCAGCAGAGGAAGGAGCAGGGGCUGCAGGGGGCAGAGGAGGAGGACGACCUGGAGGGGCCUCCCUCGUACAAGCCGCCCACCCCAAAGGCGAAGCUGGAGGAGCCAGAGAUGCCCUCCCAGCUCUUCACUUUGGGGGCCUCGGAGCACAGCCCUCUCAAGACCCCCUACUUUGAUGCUGGUGUCUCGUGCACGGAGCAGGAAAUGCCUCGAUACCAUGAGCUGCCCACCUUGGAAGAGCGGUCGGGGCCUCUGCUCAUGGGGGCCACGAGCCUGGGGUCCCCCAUCCCGGUGCCUCCAGGGCCACCUGCUGUGGAGAGAGUUUCCCUGGACCUGGAGGAUGAGGAGGAGGAGGAGGAAGACUAUCUGGACAAGAUCAACCCCAUCUAUGAUGCCCUGUCCUACUCUAGCCCCUCUGAUUCCUACCAGAGCAAAGGCUUUGUCAUGUCCCGGGCCAUGUAUGUGUGAGCUGCCGUGGCCCUGGCCUCUCACCUCUCACUUUUUGAUCCCUUGACCUCUGCCAGGGAUCUAGUGCCCCCUGACGUCUGGCCAGGCCACUGUCAGUUAACACACAUGCAUCUUAUCUGUGACUUCUACCUUGGUGGCUCCACUAUGACCUCUAAUCCAUGAUCUCUGACUGAGAGAAACCAGCCAAGACAAUGGAAACCUGGUAACCUUAUAUCAUGAGGGCGUAGGGGGGUCUGUUUCUGCACAACCUCUGACCCAAGGACUCCUAAGACUGCGACCUUAGAUCAUACCUCUCAUGUCCCACCAUCUCCAGACUCCCCCUCAGAUCCCAAAGAAGACCCCAGUCCUCUGAUUUGUCCUCAGACAGUAAACUCCCAAUAGCUCUGCUGGGCUGGGCAUUGGGGGCACCCUGCUGCUCAGACCUGAGCCCUCCAGGCGGCAGAGCCCUACUCGCCCCCUCCCUACCCUGUCUGUUCCCCAAAGGUGGGAGGGAGGGGAUUCCCCAGCCCAAGGCAGAGCUUCCUCAUCUCCUUCCUCCUGCAGGCAGGAGUCUCAGGGUCCAGACCCUUUCCUGAGCCCCCACUACCCCAAUUUCUAUCUAUAGGUAAUGAAAUCCCAGCCCAGGGCUAGAUGGAGUGAGCCUUAUACAGAGUGUGCCUUGCCAGCCCCAGCCUUCAGAGAAGAAUUUGCUGUUACUUUGAACACUACUGAGUCCUUUUAUUCCUGCCCAGUGGGAUAGGACCCACACAUCUCCCUGAGGGGGAGAGUGGGUCACCUGGGUUGGGGGUAGGGGAUAUGAUAUUGUUUUGUAAUAGU